GUUGUUGUACUGUGCUGUGAGUGCGAAAAUAAGUUUUUUCAAUUCUGAAAUUUGUGGUUAAAAUAUCGUUAAAAUAGAAAAAUGAAUCGGCUUUUUGGACGAGGAAAGCCCAAGGAACCACCACCGAACCUCACAGAUUGUAUUUCUAAUGUCGACAGUCGAGGAGAGUCUAUAGAAAAGAAAAUAAGUAAGCUUGAUCAAGAGCUUUUGAAAUAUAAAGAACAAAUGAAGAAAAUGAGGGAUGGACCAUCAAAGAAUAUGUUAAAACAAAGAGCACUUAGAGUUUUGAAGCAGAAAAAACAAUAUGAAGGUCAGUUGGAGAGUCUACGGCAGCAGUCCUUCAACAUGGAACAAGCUAACUUCACCACACAAACACUGAAAGAUACAAAAACAACUGUUAAUGCAAUGAAAACAGGUCUAAAAGAAAUGAAAAAGGAAUUUAAGAAUGUUAAUAUUGACCAAAUUGAGGACUUACAAGAUGACAUGUCUGAUAUGAUGGAACAAGCUGGGGAAAUCCAAGAGGCUCUUGGAAGAACAUAUGGCCUGCCAGAUGACAUAGAUGARGCAGACUUAGAUGCAGAGCUGGAAGCACUUGGAGAUGACUUGGCACUUGAUGAAGACACAUCAUACUUAGAUGAAGUCAAUGCCCCAGCAGCACCUGAUACUGUUCCAGGAGCUCAAGAUAAAGAAGCAGUCAAAACACAGGAUGGUAUUCAAGUAGAUGAGUUUGGACUGCCAAUUCUUGCCAAAAACUAAAUAUUAACCUGUGAAUAUUAUACCAUUGCCGAGAAAGAUGAAGGACAUUCUAAAUGCUGCCAAUAAAUUUGUAGAUAACUUUACCCAUGCACUUAGUAAUAAUUACGUUAUUGCAAUUUUCGUAAACAUGCAAACUCUGUGUGCUGCAUGCUGAAAUUUGUUUUAUAUUGCUGUCAAUCAAACCUAAUCAGUCAGUACCUUUCAUAUUUUUGACUGGYGGUAGCAUAAAAAGCAAAUUUUAGAGUGUAGCUCAUAGACAGAGUUCACAUGUUUCUGACAAUUGCAGCAAUAUGAUAAAUCGUCGAUYGUUGUAAAUAUUUUUUGUUCCUUUCAAUAUGUUUGUUUUUAUGUUUUUGAGUGGCCCUUAAUGAGAUAUUCUAUUGUUUUAAGAAUCAUACAAGUGAGCCAACCCAAUGCUCGUUGUCUCAUUUUCAUCUAAUUUGCAUGCAUUCAUAAUAUCUGCUAUUGCAUGGCAAUUAUGUUUGUUCAGACCAAUUAUCACAGACAUAACAUUCUGAAGCCUAAGCCUCCUCUGCAGACUUCUCUCUUAUUUUCCUUUCUUGGGCGGUUGGAACUUGGACACAUACCACAGGUAGCCCACCAAAGAAACAUGAGAAAGGCUUGAAGCAAAGAGAGAGACACCUGCGGAGUAGCCUACUGAAGCCUCUUAGAAUGAGUAUGGUUAAGUAACCUCCAAAGUUCUAUAGAGCAAGGAGGUGCCAUGUGAUACACUAUGUAAUUCUGACUAUCAUGGCUAAAAAAAUUUCCCUGUCCACUCCUGGACUCUUUGUUGUACCUCCUUAAAUCCAGUUGUCCUUUUAUGUAAUCUAGCACUUUGAGCUUGAAGUAUCAGCCUGUCAUUGGUGAAAAUGCUGGCCAAAUUCUACUGUUAGCUGGCCGCGAAAAUAUUUCAGUUCUAAAUGGGAAAUAGGAUGGCAAGUUGAACAUGUUAUUCAAAAAAAAUUUGAUUUGACUUCAAUACCUAAACGAGAAGAAAAGGAAACAUCCCAUUCUAAGGCUAUAAUUUUUUAUAAAUUAUAAAUAAAGCACACUUGAACAUCAUGCACUUUCUACUUUUGGAAUCGCUUUUAUCGUGUGACUACAGAUAUAAUCCAAGCUUUGUUAAAUGUAUUUCAUAAAAUGGUGAUGUCAGUUUUUUUGACACUGAUGACACAGCGACUGGAGUUGUUAUUUACUGACCUGUAAUAAAACAGUGAGUUCAUUUUCA